AGGUGGCCGGAGAAAUCGGCGAUGACUUCCAGCUAGUGAGUGUCCCCGGCCCGAGGAACACGGGCGCGCAAGGCUGGGGAGGAACAGCUCCAGAACUCUGUGGCUCCUCAAGCUGUUGCUCGUGAUCCUGGGACUUGCCGUUGUUCUGUUUAUGUUCCGAAGUGUGCCUCUGCAAGCAGUGUUCAGCACAUUCGAGCCCCAGAUCCUGAAGCCUGCGCCGGGUGGCCAGGUGCUGAAGCUUCUACCUGAGAAGCACCUGAGGAACCUCUUUACCUACGAUGGCAUCUGGCUCUUCCCCAAAAAUCAGUGUGACUGUGAUUCCGGCCAGCUGAAAAGAAAAUACAAUUUUCAGGGUGCCUAUAACCAGAACGACCUCCCAGCUGUGAAUGCCAGGAGACAGGCGGAAUUUGAACACUUUCAGAGGAGAAAAGGGCUGCCCCGCCCACCGCCUCUGCUGGCGCCACCCAAUCUCCCGUUUGGAUACCCAGUGCAUGGAGUGGAGGUGAUGCCCCUGCACACAGUUCUCAUCCCAGGCCUCCAGUAUGAAGGGCCAGAAGCCCCGGUCUAUGAGGUCACCCUGAGAGCUUCUCUGGGGACACUAAACACCCUUGCUGACGUCCCAAACAGUGUGGUGCAGGGCAGAGGCCAGAAGCAGCUGACCAUUUCCACCGGUGACCGCACACUCCUGAAAUUCAUCCUUCAGCAUGUGACGUACACCAGCACGGUGUACCAGCUCCGCAAGGUGGACAUGGUGAGUUUCGAGUCCAAGUCCUCAGUGGCCAGGUUUCCAGUGACCAUCAACCAACCAACUGUACCCAAGUUGUAUGACCCUGGACCAGAGAGGAAGCUCAGGAACCUGGUGACCAUUGCCACCAAGACUUUCCUCCGUCCCCACAAGCUUAAGACUCUGCUGCAGAGUAUCCGAAAAUAUUACCCGGACUUAACUGUGAUUGUGGCUGAUGACAGCAAGGAGCCCCUGAAGAUUCAGGAUGACUACGUGGAGUAUUACUCCAUGCCCUUCGGGAAGGGCUGGUUUGCUGGUAGGAACCUGGCCAUCUCACAGGUGACCACUAAAUAUGUCCUCUGGGUGGAUGACGACUUUCUCUUCGACAGCAAGACCAAGAUUGAGGUACUGGUGGAUGUCCUGGAGAAAACUGAACUGGAUGUGGUGGGCGGCAGUGUGCAGGGAAACACGUUCCAGUUCAGGCUGUUGUUGGAGCAGAGUGAGAAUGGGGACUGUCUUCACCAGAGGCAGGGGGAUUUCCAUGCCCUUGAUGGCUUCCCCAAAUGCGUGGUGACCAGCGGCGUUGUAAACUUCUUCUUGGCUCACACGGAACAACUCCGAAGAGUUGGUUUUGAUCCCCGUCUGCAACGAGUGGCUCACUCAGAGUUCUUCAUUGAUGGGCUGGGGAGCCUGUUGGUGGGCUCGUGCCCAGAGGUGACUGUACAGCAUCAGUCACGGUCACCGGAAAAGGAUCCAGAGAUGGCGGCCAUGGAGGAGUCUUACAGCAAAUACCGGGUCAACACCAACGCGCAGGUCCAGUUCAAGCUCGCUCUCCACUACUUCAAGAACCAUCUUCAGUGUUCCACUUAAAGACGCAAGGAACCAGAUAUUUAAUAAACAAAAUGGAUUGGCUGUGGGCAACAAAAAUUGUAGGACUGGCCCAUAAGGACACCAAAGAGAGCUGGAGUGAGGAGAUAUGGAUAGCUCAGUCAUUCAGUUCAGAGGCAUUAGAAAUGGGUCUUCCCUGGUCAGGGCAGGGGAGAUGACCUAACGGUUAAUGAGCACGGGAUGCCCUCCCUUGCAUGAAGUGCCUGCACAGAGAACCACUCACUUCACUCAUCUGAGCCUCGUGAUGAGGGAGAUGUUGAUUGGUACCCCCCAUCAAGGGAUGCUAGAGGCAUCGGGAUGGCUCAGUGGGUGGAGUACUUGCUGCUGAGACCGACAACCUGAGUUUGAUUCCUUGAGACCCACAUGGCGGAAGGGGAGAAAUGACUCUGACAUGAUUGUCCACUGACCUCCAUGGUCAUGUGACCCACCCCCUUCCCACAUACCAUAAAUAAAUGUAAAAAUAAAAGUGGAUAACAGCAUACACCUUUAAUGACAGCACUCGGGGUUGAGUUUGUAUCCGUGACUCCUGUUACCACGAAGGGUUGUAUGGAUGUCUAGGGUCUGGACAGCCACCUGAGACCAUGUUGAUGUUCAAGGGCCUGUGUUGUCACAGGGGCCAUGGCAACAUCUGGGCCCAAGUUACUGGGGCAGCUGGUGUGUCUGUGAUGGUGUCCAUGGCCCUUGUUCCCACAGGGGGUUAUAGGAACCAUGCGUGUCAAAAUCCAAGGGCCAGGUUGAGCUGGCGCUGCCCCUCACUGACCCUGCAGAAGAACUGACCUGCCCCUCCCUGGACACUGCAGCAGGAGGGUUGGCCCUGCCCCACCCCUCAUCAUGUGCUGACCAGGAUAACGUAGGCCUAGGAGAGCUGGUCAUGCCCUUUGCCUGAGGUGGGCAGUCCCAGAGGCCCAGGCCAACCUGCUCAGCUAUCAUCCAGACCUACCCUAAGAUCCCAUCUAUGGCGUGAAGGGACUGGUCCUGUGGAAUCGCCAUGACUUGGGGGCAACAGCAGAAUAUCCAUGAGGAGUUCCAGUGAGGGUCCAGUGAUGAGGGUGUGCCAGAGGCAACGAAUAUUUUGUGGGUGGGGCUGACUGGACAAAAGGGUAUAUGCUGCCUGACACACCGAAGCACCCACUGGGAUGAAUGAAGAUGUGUUGGAAAGAGGAGGAGCCAUGUAGGCUUUCAUGUUUUGUUUUUAAUUCGUCUGGAGGGGUUCUGAGGGAGUGUUGUCGGGUGGGGGAAGGCUAUGGAGGGAUGAGGAGGUAAAUGGGAUUAGGGUGCAUGAUAUGAAAUUUCCAAAGAAUCAAUAAAAACAUUGUUCUGUAUAUAUAGAGAAAACUGAUCUGAAAAGUUCUUUAGAAAUCAGCCGUAAAGGCAGACACAGCCACACACUCGCA